UUCCUUCCAACCCCGCGAAUCUUCGACCCCCUUCCCCACCCGACACGCCACACCACUCUCCUCCUCCCCCUUCCUUCCCCUUCACCUCUUUGCCUCCGAAUCCCAGCUCACGCCUCCGCUGUCCGCUCCCAAUUCCCAAACCCUAGCCAGCCAGCUACGCAAGAUGGACGAGGACUGGGAGCUCCUCCUCGCGUCCCCCAAGGCGGCGGCGGCGGCCGAACCGUACGCCGGCGGCGGCGGGGAGGACGACGCCGGCGCCAUCAAGCACGACUACUUCGACCUCGGCUCCGACGCCAAGUACCCCAGGAGGACGUCGCUGUCGAAGGAGGACGAGGAGGAGGAGGAGGAGGAGGUGGAGGGGCUUCUCGCGGCGUCGGACAACGCGAGCUGGGUGGAGCCGGACCCGGAUGAUCUUCUCUUCCCCGGCCGUGACCGAGCGGCGCUGUGGUCGGACUCGUCCUCGGACGGGGAGAGGCCCGAGGUCGAGGUGACCGAACCGGUGGAGCGGGCCAGGGCGGAGGCCGGGGCUGCUGCUGCUGCGGCGGCGGCGGAGGCGGAGGCGGAGGGGGCCGAGGGCGCGGUGGCGAAGGGAGGUGGACCUGAGCCGUGGUGGAAGCUGCCGCUGGAUGCGCUGCGCGUGUGGGCCCUGCGCGCCGCGAGGAGCGCCUGGUCGGUGCCGUUCGCCGUCGCGCUGCUCGGAUUCGCCGUGCUCGGGCGCCGGCUGUACCGGAUGCGCCGCCAGAGCAAGGCCGUCGGGCGCGUCCGCCUCGUCCUCGACGAAAAGAAGGCAUCCCAAUUCAAGGGCCAAGCAUCACGUCUGAAGGAAUCCACGGCCAUGCUGCGGCGAGCUCCAAUCAUAAAGCCUAUGCUUCCCGCCAAUGCAGUGACUCCAUGGCCUGUGCUGGGGCACCUGUGAGAUGUGUGAUCGGUAACUUAGAGCUAGUAAUACCAUAUUACCAUAGUCCGCAGCCAACCAGUGUCACUCGCCUUGCUACUGGCAAGCAUACUAUACUAUGCACGCCCCUGCAGUCUGCAGAUGUACAGACUGAUUGUAAUUUGGAACUACACAGUUGUGGAAUGUGGAAGACCUUGUAAGUUUCCGUUCAUGCGGAAUGGUAUUUAGGCCUGCUCUAGUUCAUGUUUCAUUUGUACCCGUGUUCAUAUUUUUAUUUUCUGUAGCCUUUAUAUUGUCGAUCUGAUGUGCUUGAGAUGUAUAUGACUGAAGUAAUCAUGGUAGUGUGGAUGUAUAUGACUAAAUUACACAUAAAUGAAUGCAGAGUGGUAGUUGGAUUCUA